AUGUCAAACUAUACACAAACCGUGGGAGUUGUUUCCACGACAUCUGUCUAUACCAGCUAUAUCGAAAGGCAGUUCUUAGCAGCCAUUUACGGUCUUAUUUCAUUCGCCGGUGUGCUAGGAAACUGCGCUGUCUUACUGGCCGUGGUUCUCUCCCGUAGACCUCGCACCGUCACCAACGUUUUCGUGGUCAACUUGGCCGUGGCGGAUCUCAUCACGUGUCUGAGUAUGCCCAUCUCGAUCUUGGCUGCUCUGAGUGAGAGCAGGGAAGAGCUGCUCGUCUCUAGAAAUCUGUGCGCGUUUCAAGGGUUCGUGCUCAUCGUUUGCAUCGGCUGCAGCCUGAAUAAUAUUGCCGCAAUCGCCGUCUAUCGCGCCUUGAUCACCCGUCGGCAAAACUCGAGCCGACUCCGAGCGCUGUUCAGUCGCCGCGGCCUGGCAGUCAUGGUUUCUACAAGCUGGCUGAUCCCGUUUGCUGUCGGACUGUUGCCCAUCGUAUCUGAGUUCGGCUCUUAUGAAUACGACUUUAAACUUAGUACCUGCACGUUCAAUCCCACAGCCAACGGAUCCAGUACAUUCUCCAAAAUCAUGGUGGCCCUCUACUAUCCUGUGCAACUCCUUACCACUUUCGCAAGUUACGCUGUCAUCUUGUACACGGUGAGAAGACACCGCCGACGAAUUACUGCUGCUACCGAGCGACGCGUGGCCGUUGUUGGAAGUGCCACGAUGAAGCUACCUCCAUCACCCAACACGCCUGGGCCGUCGCACAAGCCGGCCUGGCAGGGUCUUUCAGCGAAUGACCGGUUGCGAGUAGCGCCUGCUCACGGUCCCCUGCGGCAGCGAAGUCGGCCGGGGUCUUUUCCCGCCAUCCGUCCGUCGUCACGCGCGGCUGUCGGGCCGCCUGCUCAAGGCAGACGCCAUAUCCAUCGACAAAUCAAAGUUAACCUGAGCUUGUUUCUCGUCGUCUUCUUCUUUCUGCUGUGUUUCACACCCUACUCGGUGCUGAUGGCGCUUCUCAGGAAUAAAUCGCUAAAAGUUUUCCCCUUUCUGGGCGCCCUGGUCACAUUCAACAGCUGCGUAAACCCUGUCAUUUACGCGGCCCGGCACCCGGACUUUAAGACGGUCAUUCGCAGCAUUUUGCUGUGCAGGCCCUCCCAGAUACCCAUGAAAUCAUCAUUUCUCCAGAGCUUGCUGAGCUUGCGACGUCAAUGA